AUGGCUGUUAAGGCAGUUGCAGAGCUGAAGAAGGAGCUUGGAAAAUUGAUGGAUGCGCUUGUGGUUGUGGAGGAAGAUGAAAGAGACCACAAUUUGGUGAUAAUUGAUAAAGCAAUUAGAAAUUUGUGUGCUCUCAAGGAACCACCUCAGGAAUUCAAAUGUCCUGUUUCUGGGACUCUAAUAAUGGACCCUGUUGUUCUAGCUUCCGCUCAGCUAUAUUGUGAAAAGCAGAAUUGCUUUCAUUUCAGUGGAGUUUUGAAAAUUGUUUUUGGGUUUGUUUCGGUUGUUGAUAGUGUCGAGCUAGAACGAGCUUUUGGCAAACCCGAACAUGAGUCGAGUUCGAGUGAGGUGAUUUUUGAAUAA